CUCUACUAGUUCACCACGUUUCCCUGGCAUCUACCGUCCUUUCUCAAUCAGCCGUCAUAGACACAGCAUCUAAGCGCAGAAACACUCAAUCUCCUCAAGCAUCAACAUGGCUGCUCCCUUUGACUUCUCCAGACCCAGUCCCACAAUAUACGACUUGAGCAACGCUGCAGGCGCAGUAAAACUUCAGAAGGUGGCGAGAGAGUUCAUGGAGGUUGUCAGAGAAACUCCGGAUAUGAAUGCCGAGCACAUUUUCAGCUUUUGCAAGCUGGUGGAAGCUGCCUGGCUGAGUAGAAGAUACUUCGAGAGAGGUGCCACACCUGAAGAGGUUGCUGCUGCAGAUGAGCUCUACGAGAGGUUGGUGAAUAUGCUGGAGAAUUGA